ACUGAACCGCUGAAGAGACGCGAGCAUUAAACUACAUUUCCCAGCAAGCUGUGCGAGUAGAGGAAGCUGUUGCUCCGGCGCAGGCUGAAGAAGCUGUGAGGAGACCCUGCGCGGCGGCGGGUCGCGGCUCUUAAGUGUGUUUGGAGAUGGAGUUUCCAGAAGGUUUCAACCAGCUGGAACUCCUUCAGUCGCAUGGGCACAUGAUUCCCGUGGGCACAGAGAGCGCCUGGGAGGAGGAAGGAGGCGAGGAUGAUGAUGAUGACGAAUGCCAGCGCAGCGAGGAGUGGUUCGAGCAGCAGGAGCUCAACCUGGAAGACAGUCCGGUGGAGCUGAUGCUCUGGGCUGCGGAAAAGAACCGAUUGGCCACAGUAAAGCGCCUCCUUGAAUCUGACCCGUCCCUGGUGAAUUGCCGUGACGACGACGGUUACACUCCUCUUCACCGCGCAGCGUACAGCGGUCAUUUGUCCAUUGCUUCAGUUCUCCUGGACGCAAGGGCAGAGCUUCAUGCAAGGACUGUGGAUGGCUGGACGCCGCUCCACAGCGCUUCCCGCUGGGGGCACACUGCUGUAGCUUCCUGUUUACUGCGCCGGGGGGCAUCGGUCAAUGCCACGACGAAGGGCCAACUCACACCACUGCAGCUUGCAGCGGGAAACCCUGCAGCAGCGUUGACUUUGGAACUGCUGCUGUCUCAGCGCACCCUACAGGCCGGACUGAAGAACAGCGCUGGAGAAACGGCUUAUGACAUCGCACUUCGAACGAGUGCACAUUACAGCCUGUUCGAAAUGACGGAGCCGUGUAAUAGUGUCGGCUGACAGAGUUUCAGAAUAUGAAAUGAACAAGAUGCAUGAACAUUUAACUAAUUCACAAACUACAUCAGAAAAGCACAGUAUCUAAUCAGGACUCUGAUCUCCUUUCUCAACAUAAAACGGCCCAAUACUGAACCCUGUGGAACACCCAGGAAUAGACCAAAUGAAGUAGUAAUAAUAAAAAAACAACUUUCAAAUAUUUUUCCUCAUAAUGUUUCAUCUGAAUUUAUGUGAAAGUGGUAGUUGAGUAAAAAAUAAAAAUUAUGCCAAUUUACCCCAAAAUGUAGUCACAUUUGACAUAUGACUAGGUGUAAAAACUGGGCUUUGUUCUCAGGUCCUGGUUCUACAGAAAUGUUUGCACUGUAUAAUCCCUCAUAUAACACACCUAGCUCUAUUCAUCAUGUAUUCAACAAGUGAACAGAAUCAGGCAUGGAAAACAA